CAAGGAAAAAUGCCCCUUUGACAGGAAGAAACCUUGAGCAGAACCCGGCUCUGGGUGGGCGGCCAUCUGCCCUGACCGGUUGGGUUGAGAGAGAAACUGUCCAUUAGAUUUUCCCUGUCAUCAAAUAUCUUGUUUUGUCCAACUGACAGUCCAAAACCCAAAGUCAAUUUCAGUUUACAAUGAUAUAAAGCAGUAAAUCCCCACGUCGGAGAAGCUGGAAUGAGGGAAUUUUUGGCAUUCUUGGUUUAAAAAAAUGACUAAAACGAUUCCUCUAGAUUAAUUUUCUGGUGAUUGACUAAUCGAUUAAUCAAACUAAUCAUUGCAGCUCUGUUAUUCAGGUUGGUUCUCCACAAUUAAAUAUUACGUCUACAAUACUCACUUCAUUUAUUGCUCCUCUCAACAGCACACUUGUGGGUUUCGAUAUGGAAAGAGUGAGAGAAUUUUCUUUUACAAACCCAGCAGCUGAAUGGUUUCUCCCGUGUGGACUUUCCUGUGUUUGGCCAAAACUGACAACCAAAAAAACUCUGCAUCACAGAUUGAGCAGGUGUAUGGUUUCAUCCCAGUAUGGAUUCAUUUGUGUCCGCAAAAACAAAAGGCUUUUCCACAGUCACUGCAAAUAUAUGUUUUCUCUCCUGUGUGAGUUCUCAUGUGCAUCACAAGAGCUUUUUUCCAUUUAUAACUUACUUUACAAACUGGACAACUGUGCGGCUUAUUGUUUGAAUAACAUUUCAUGUGACUAACUAAGUUUCAGUCCAUAAAGAAACGUUUACCACAAACUGAGCAACUAUAUAGUCUCUCUCCUCUGUGCCUUCUCAUGUGCGUGAUGCAAGACUGACUCAAUAAAAAACCUUUCUCACAAGUCUCCAUGUCAGCUCUGGUUCCACAAGUCUAAGUUCAGUAGUUCUUGAUCUACAUUUGGUUUUAACCGCCAACAGCUGCUGAACUUGUAGAAAAUAAUAUAUUUAUAAGCUUACAAGCUAUAUAGGUCCUACCAUUAUUUUAUGGUAAUGCGAUCAGUGAUAUAAGCAAAACGAAUUCACCAAAAAAUACAUUCAGAAAUAUUUUCUUGUAAUGAUGACUCUAAACCUCAAAAGGUGAAUUUUUUGGCCACUUGGGGGCAGUGGAAAGCACACUUAAGAAACUGUGAACCUGUCCUUUAAACUCUCACAACCUCAUCAAUGUUGUGACCCAGUUUAGUUUCAUAUCACUUCUCUUCUUGUUUCUUGUCUCUCUCUCUCUCUCUUGUCUCAGAAGACGUCACUCAGCCUUUCUUCUUUGUCUCCACAGUGUUUUAAGACACACUGGAAAAAUUAUGAACCUGUCCUGAUCAUGAGCGUAUUUACCCACACCCCUUACCAGUUGGUGGCGGUAAGGCGCCAUUUUUGCUUUUUCGCCAACCGUAAAACCGAAGAAGAAGAAGAAGAUGGCGUCUAGCUGAGGAAGCUUCAGUUGGGUUCUUCUUUUUUAAAACUUAAUUGACAUGUAACAGGCAGCGCCCCUGCAUGCAUGUCUGAAUGGAGUUUGUACUGUUCAUCUUCCUCUGAGUGUUUUACCAUUGAAGCAUCUACCGAUAGCCUACAAAGCUGUAAUGAAGUUAGCUUAGCCGCCUAGCUUGAAGUAAACGGACGGGGAUGUAACCUUAGCAACAGGGCGCUUCAGUCAGACUGUUAACACAGAGACCAAACUGUAUUUUUUGACGGUGUUCGUCUGCAGAAAAAAAGUCAGUGUAACUGUUUGAACAUGUCUAAAGUCCAAAUGCUGAGAGCUUUUGUCAACCGGCGACUAACUGCGGCUGCUGAGGAGAUAUUAGUGCUGUUUGAGAGGAUGAUAGCAGAGUACGAGGAGGAGAUAGACCGCCAGCGCAGACUGCUGCAGGACGGUCACGGUGGGAAGCCGGAGAUCCGGGCUGACAAAGCAGUGUAUUCCGCAAAUGUCAAGAAGCUCAUGGUGAUUAAAGAGGUUUCCCCUGAGCAGCAGGAGAGGAGCUCCAGUCUGGACCAGAAGGACCCAGAUUCCCCACACAUUAAAGAGGAACAGGAGGAACUCCGGACCAGUCAAGAGAGAGAGCAGCUGAAGGAGGCUGAUGUCACUGAGUUCACCUUCCCUUUGAAGAGUGAAGGUGAUGGAGAGAAACCUCAGUCUUCACAGCUUCAUCAAAGACAAACUGAACAGAUGGAAACAGAAGCUGACAGAGAGGACUGGGGAGGAUCAGAACCAGCCAGGAACCUAGAUCCAGAUAGACAUUUACAACCAGCUAGUAAUAAGACUUCAAACUCCUCUGAGACUGAAGACAGUAAUGAUGGGUGGAAGCAACCCAGGGAACUUCAGUCAAGUUUAAAUGCAUUGAAUAACACUCAAGUCCCUGUAAGCGAUGUGGGAUAUAAUGCUGCCAAAAAAUCUUGCAGCUGCUCAGGGUGUGGCAAAAGAUUUGGCAGCAAGGACCAUCUACAGAUCCACAUGAAAUGUCAUACGGGUGAAAAAACAUUUACUUGCCCAUUCUGUGGUAAAAAAUUCACAAAGCGCUCGAAUUUGACCACGCAUUUAAGAGUUCACACAGGAGAGAAGCCGUUCACCUGCUCGGUUUGUAACACAAGUUUUAGUCUGCGUUGUACGUUGGUGAAUCACAUGAGAGUCCAUACUGGGGAGAAACCCUUCAGCUGCUCAGUUUGUAGUAAAAGAUUUUCAAAAAAGGCUAAUUUGAACACACACAUGGCCCUCCAUACUGAGGAGAAACCGUUUAAAUGCCGGAUAUGUGACAAAAGAUUCACUUGGCAUUCACAGGUCAAAAACCAUAAGUGUGUUGUUGACAGCAGUGGGUGAAGAUGGAGAGCAGCAGUAAAAUAAGACGAAAUUUGAGAGACAUCAUAAUAAUACCGUGUCAAUCAGGAGGAAAACCUUCUGGAGCCGUUUCAGGAACAUUUUAUAGGAGCUCAAAACCUGCAUUUUGACUUGAAGAACCAGAGUUAAGAUUUACAGGGUCGAGUUUUUAAAGCUGAAUGUUAUUGGGCUGGUGAAACAGCUGGGCUGCUACACAAUGGUCCUCAUGCAAGAAGCACUUGUACGAACAGAUAAAUUCUUAAGAGGCGGGUACGAGGGAUUUCAGAAAAUUUGUGGUGUUCAUCAGUUUUGGUAGAAUUUUCUCUGAGGUACAAAUGAAAUUUACAAGUUCAGAGGUGUCGUAUGAAGCGUGAACAGACAGUCUGACGUUCUUCUCACGAGGAGAAACACUUGUGUGACCUGAAAUCGUAAUCUAAAUUCAUUUGGAGUUUAAAUAUGAUACCGAAAUCAGUUGUAAGAAGACAUAUAUGUGAAUGAAACUUGCCCGCAUGUCCCCUUAUAUGGACGUUAGGGUUACGGUCAGGGUCAGG